AACUCAACAAUAUUGAUGCAUCCUGCAGCUUUGCGACAUGCAAAACAGUAGGAAUGAAAUAGAGGACCCUGAUUGGCUGUGAUAGAAUAACUUGCCUCGCUCCGAUUGGUUGAGCUAUCCAAAGGACAACACGUGUAUGAUGCAAGCACCGGUAUUGCACCGUGUCUAUCUCUGUUUGACUUCGUCUCCAUCGUGUGCUUGUGCCGUGUUCCGUGUGGCACGUACAGGAUACGAAAUUCUUCCUAUUUCCUUUGAAUGGCAAGCUGGCAUGCCUUGCAUUCGAAAUUUCGAGUAUUGUACAGAGAACGGCGGCAUGUGUCGCAUAACCAAUGAAGACCGGUGCGUUACGAGCGAGGAGUCGGAUCGGAGUGUGAUUUGGAAAGUCCCGGCAGUCGGAAGUGGUUGCCGCUCCUAGGAGGACGUUCACUUAGAGCACAAUUCUGUGUGAUUGUUCUGGAGGACCAGCAGUGUUCUUGAAAAAUAGUUUAGAAGUAAGCGAAAUUAACACGAAUCCAGCCAAAUAAGUUGUAUAAUAUGUGAAGCAGUGUUUUACAGAUGAAUAAUUAGAAAAAAAGACAACAGAACUCAACAAUAUUGAUGCAUCCUGCAGCUUUGCGACAUGCAAAACAGUAGGAAUGAAAUAGCGGACCCUGAUUGGCUGUGAUAGAAUAACUUGCCUCGCUCCGAUUGGUUGAGCUAUCCAAAGGACAACACGUGUAUGAUGCAAGCACCCGUAUUGCUCCGUGUCUAUCUCUGUUUGACUUCGUCUCCAUCGUGUGCUUGUGCCGUGUUCCGUGUGGCACGUACAGGAUACGAAAUUCUUCCUAUUUCCUUUGAAUGGCAAGCUGGCAUGCCUUGCAUUCGAAAUUUCGAGUAUUGUACAGAGAACGGCGGCAUGUGUCGCAUAACCAAUGAAGACCGGUGCGUUACGAGCGAGGAGUCGGAUCGGAGUGUGAUUUGGAAAGUCCCGGCAGUCGGAAGUGGUUGCCGCUCCUAGGAGGACGUUUACUUAGAGCACAAUUCUGUGUGAUUGUUCUGGAGGACCAGCAGUGUUCUUGAAAAAUAGUUUAGAAGUAAGCGAAAUUAACACGAAUCCAGCCAAAUAAGUUGUAUAAUAUGUGAAGCAGUGUUUUACAGAUGAAUAAUUAGAAAACAAGACAACAGAACUCAACACUAUUGAUGCAUCCUGCAGCUUUGCGACAUGCAAAACAGUAGGAAUGAAAUAGCGGACCCUGAUUGGCUGUGAUAGAAUAACUUGCCUCGCUCCGAUUGGUUGAGCUAUCCAAAGGACAACACGUGUAUGAUGCAAGCACCGGUAUUGCACCGUGUCUAUCUCUGUUUGACUUCGUCUCCAUCGUGUGCUUGUGCCGUGUUCCGUGUGGCACGUACAGGAUACGAAAUUCUUCCUAUUUCCUUUGAAUGGCAAGCUGGCAUGCCUUGCAUUCGAAAUUUCGAGUAUUGUACAGAGAACGGCGGCAUGUGUCGCAUAACCAAUGAAGACCGGUGCGUUACGAGCGAGGAGUCGGAUCGGAGUGUGAUUUGGAAAGUCCCGGCAGUCGGAAGUGGUUGCCGCUCCUAGGAGGACGUUCACUUAGAGCACAAUUCUGUGUGAUUGUUCUGGAGGACCAGCAGUGUUCUUGAAAAAUAGUUUAGAAGUAAGCGAAAGAAACACGAAUCUAGGCUCAAUAAUAUGUGAAGAAGUGUUGAAUUAAUUCUAAAUGAAUUAAAUUAUGUUGGUGACAGUGACGAAAUGAUCAUUGAACAAUGAAUUGAUAGUAUACAGUAACAAAACACAAGUUCUUCCCAAGUAUGAAUAUGAAGAAAAAGUUGAGACAUGGGUUGCUUCUGUUACGACUAAUUCCAGUUCUUCAAUAACUUCGAAAAAACGCAACCCACUGCAAUAUUAUUAUGGAUCCGAACGUACAAAUGAUACUCCUCGGAGACCAUAAAUCAUCUGUUGAAUGGAGGAAAUAUGUCUCCCUCGAAAAGAAUAGUGCAACUGUAGAAAAUGGGUGGAGAAUCUCGACACCGACCCAUGCGUAUCAUGCAUUCCAGAUCUUAACAGCAAUGAGUUAGUCACUUGCUAUGCUUUAUGAGUAUCUGUUUGAGCCUAACAAAGUCCAACAGCUAUCUGAUAGUGUAUGUUCCUUAUACAAGAGAGAGCACUCCUGGCGCACAGAUUUCAUUUUUUGACUAUACCACACACACAAUUGGAGAACGAGAUAACCGGAAUACACCUAACACGUGCCGUGUACCACUUUGGAAACAGGCGUCUUUUGAAAGAAAAAAUCAAAUAGAUCCGGUUUUAAUGGACGACCUACUAUCAUUUAGUUCAUCCGAGAUGCAGGUCUGCGAUACUCCUUCAGAUGCAAAUUUCAAUGUAAAUUGUAAAUUAUUACCUAAAGAAACAUACUCUCAGUACGACUGCCAUUUGGAACCUUCAAAAUAUGCUCCUACUAAUAAAAACGAUACUACAGAGGAGUCAUCCUCGAGCAUUGACGAGGGGUUUGGGCAAAGCAAUAGUGAAGAUUCUGCGGACGAUCAAACAACCGUCCAAAUUCCGCUUAUAUCAUCGCCAAAAUCAUCAGUAAUUUCAAAGAAAAAGCAAAGUAAAGGCAGAAUUUACGAUUGUGAGAUUUGUCAACAACAAUUUCCAUUGAAGAAGUCGCUUCGAUUUCAUCAAGCUAACGAACAUCCUGGAGAAAACUGUAAUAAGUGUACAAUUUGCUUAAAAACCUUCAAGCUACGGUCUAAUUUACGGCAACAUCUGCGUAUUCAUACCGGCGAGCGGCCGUUUCAAUGUGAAAUUUGUAACAAAACGUUUGUCCAGGGAAGCGCUCUUACAGUGCAUCGCGAAUUACACAAAGACCAACGAGAUUACGAAUGUAAGACAUGUCACAAGGCAUUCAAAUCAAAGUUUGCUUUUAAGAAACACGAAAAAGUUCACACCGGUCAGCGACCUUUCAAAUGUGAGGUAUGUGGAAAAACCUUUACCCAAUCUUGUAAUCUAAAGGCUCAUCAAAAAUUACAUAAUGGAAAGCACGCCUAUGAGUGUGUUGUGUGUUCAAAGACAUUCCGCUUCAAUUCACACUAUCAAGACCAUAAGAUGACACACACAAAAGAUAAGAAAUAUUGCUGCAGUGAUUGCGGGAGAACAUUUGCAUACAAAAACUCGUAUCAACGUCAUAUUUUAAUCCACCAAGAUGCGACUCAAUACCGUUGCUCAGCCUGUGGUAAGCUUUUCAGUAAACUAAGCCAUCUAAAUUUCCACAUUAAAUCGCAUGGUUCUAACUGUAUGGAUUCAAUAUCCACUGAAAACAUCAGAUCUCGCCGUUCUUGCGAUAUUUCUGAAAUCGACAUUGAAACCUACCAGAACUCACGAGGUGACCGUAUGGAUGUACAUGGGAUGAAAGGUGCAAACGAACGUGAGCAUUUUCGGUAUAAGUGCGUUAUCUGUACUCAGUCCUUUGAGGAGGAGAAAGAGCUACACACCCAUUUCAAAUUACACGAGGCUGAUGACUGUCCCUUUCAGUGCGGCAUGUGUGGGAUUCUUAAUCUAAAUCAUUUCGAAGAAGUUUCCCUAACCGGAUUGUGACAAAAGGGAUACUAAGGUACCUUUUGUUAAUGGCUUGUUCUGUGAUACCCGAGUGUGUAUGAAAUAAACAUGUAUUUGUCUCGGUUACUUAAACGGUACCGCAGAUAUAAAAAGAGAUAAGUAUAAUAU